AGCCUACCAAUUAUAUUGAUCAUUGCUACUCAAAGGAAGUGUACCAGACCAUUUAUUCACACCAUCUUGAGCCAAUGAAUGGGGAGUUGCUUUGGCCAAGGACUCAAAAUAAUGAUAUUGCACCCCCGAUUCCUAAAAAAUUAACUGGGAGACCUAAGAAGAAAAGAACUCGUGAGGCAAAUGAGGUGAGACCGUCUGUGAAGGCAAGGAGUACUGUGUCAAGGAAAGGGAGGAUAAUGACAUGUUCAGUUUGCAAGAAAGAAGGUCAUAAUAAAGCAAAGUGUCCCAACAAACCCCAUGAUUCUCAAACAAGUUCCACCCGACCAUCAUCAUCUCAUCAACCUCCAAAAGCAAAAAAAAAUGAGGCAUACUGCCCAUGGAGGAGUAAAUGAAGGGCACAACUGAAGAGGGAAUAUGCCACAAUGCUUAGAGGACACAUUGAAAAGGGAUGUAACCCCCUAUGUAUUUGAAGUUUUUGUUAAGCCAAACUAUGUUUA